AUGUCAUGGGACUCUGCUUCAGUUUCUAGGGCGCUCCGCCUUGGGCGAAAACACACUGCGACACACAGACACAGGUCUGGGAACAGCAGCAGCAGCUUCCUCAUAGACAACUGCAUCCUUUGCACAGGGGAGAACACUGCCGCCGCCACCCCAGCCUAUGUGGCACGAUGCGUCUCCGCAGCAGCUGUGAUCAUUAUCACCGUGUGGGGCAACCUGCUCGUCAUUUCAUCCGUGUGCCACUUCAAGCAGCUUCACACGCCGACUAACAUCCUGGUCCUGUCCCUGGCGGUGGCCGACAUAUGCGUGGGGGUGUUUGUGAUGCCUCUGCAGUUCAUGGGGUUCAUAGAGUCCUGCUGGAUUUUUGGCAGCACCAUGUGCGCCUUCUACAACUUCAUAACAUUUCACCUGACCAGCACCUCUGUCCACAACGUGGCUCUGAUUGCUGUGGAUCGUUACAUGGCCCUGAGCAAUCCUUUCCUGUACUCCAAGAGAGUCACGGUGAACCUCUGCAUUGUUGUGGCCUCGCUGAACUGGCUCUUUUCCUUUGGCUACAACUUUGCUCUCCUGUAUGACAAUGGUUUCUUCACCACCUCGCUCACCCUGUGCCCGAGCGAGUGCUUCAUUAUCGUCAAUGACAUAUGGGCCUUUGUCGACCUGGUGGUUGUGUUUGUGCUUCCCUGCUCCGUCAUGUUUGUGUUGUACUUGAAAAUCUUUGCCAUUGCUAGAAAACAUGCCAAUGCCAUCAGGGCAGCUAACACACAGGGCAAUCCAAACAACAGACACACUCACAAUGUCCCCAAACGAUCGGAGAGAAAAGCUGCCAAGGUGCUUGGAAUACUCGUGUCUGUCUUCCUGCUCUGUUUGGUCCCCUAUUACAUAUGCAGUUUCAUGGCUGAUAGUAUCCCGAGUGACAUUUUUAAUGAUGUGAUGAACUACAUGUCCGCCCUGCUUUAUCUAAACUCUAUGUUCAAUCCUAUGUGA